AUUAUAAAUGAUUUCAGUGUAGUAUUUAUGUAGCUGUAAAUUCUGUUCCAAUCGGAAUCAAUAACAUAAUUGUAUAGAAGAAGAAAAGGUGGUGAAACGGUUUAAUUAAAAAUACAAUAUGCGAAAAACUGCAGUAUUACGUAGUCAGCACAUAGGAUGGCAUUUUUAUAAACAUUGGGUAAUCCAGGGAAAACGUAGACCUAUAGAAACUGGUGCAGAAAAGGUGCUUAAAAAUAAAAAUAUCACAUUAUACAAACCUGAAGAUUUCCUCAAAGAAAAAAGAGUUUUUGAAAAAGUUGAAAUCAUUGGCUAUAAAAAUAAACCUCAACCAUUAGAUCAAACUCAUCCUGAUUGGCACGAGAAACCAUUAUUAUCAAUUAAAGAUAAUAAUGUUUUAUUAGAGGGCUUAAAACAAGCAAGAAUAAUUACAAAUACUGUACAAAUUCAGGAGGGAUUACCAGAAAACUUCAAAUUGAAUGAUUUGUCAAGAGAAGUAGACCAAGCGUCUCAAAAUGUAAUUUUAAGUUCGCAUUUAUUUGACGCAGAACAAAAGAAGUUACCAAAAUUGAAAGAUCCCAAUAGACCUGCUUGGAAUUUUCCUAGAAUAUAUGGCAUAACCCAGGAAAGAAGAAACAAAUUGAUGACUUAUAAAUUACUGCAGUUACUGGAAUUUAUCGCUGAUCCAGAGUUGGUUAAACAAAGAUAUGUUUUCGAAGAUCUAUAUUUCUCAUUUCCUUUUGAAAAAAAUGGAAAGUUAGCACAAUUUGAAUUAAAAGGAGAUAUAAUUAUCUCAUCUGUUAAACCUUUAACUCCUAUAACUAAUACUUCUACAGAAAAUAUGAAUCUUCCCAUAAUUGAUCCAAUUGACCCAUUUAUAACAUUUAACAAAGAAAAUAUAUACAAGCUACAAGAUAUAUACCCUAUUAACCCGUCAGUAAAUGCACAUCAUCCACAUACACUUUUUAUUACUUUUGAUAAAGAAUUUGUGACUAAUUUAUAUGAGGAAGAAGUUACUGAAGAUCAAAUCUUCGGUAGAUCUCUUUUGAAGACAUUUACAGUAGCAGCGACAUAUGCUAGAAGAAAAUAUGGAAAGGAUGUCAAGAUCCUUAAAAACCCAGUUACAUUACAGUGUGUACAAACUGAUGGACAUUUCUUUCAUUUCGGCGUUCUGCAGUUAAAUACCUUGGAUUUGGAAAAUGAAAGUGUGAAAAAUAUUUGGUACCAAACACCUAUGCAGUAUAUGUUUGAAACUUGCAGUUAUAAAUUUGGUAAACCUACUUUAGAAGGUUAUAAUAAUCAAAUAGUAAGACAGUUGAAUUGUAUGUACAAUAUUGCAUAGUUUUAUUUAUAAAUAAAACAAAUUAGUUUA